AUGAAGUUGUUUGAAAGUAAACAUGACUUUUUAUACCCUUGGGAUCAAGUCACAGCAGCUAAUUGGCAGAAAUAUCCUAAUGAAUUAAGUACUCAUGUUGUUUCAGUAGAUAUCUUGAGUAGAUCAAUUGAUAAAGAAAAUAAAGUGUUAAGAACAGAAAGAUUAAUUGGUUGCAAGCAACCAGUGCCCAGAUGGAUGACGGCUUUAGUAGGAGGUCAAGAAUAUUCAUAUGUCAGAGAGAUUAGUGAAGUUGAUUUAGUUAAUAAAACGUUAAUUAUGAAAAGUCAUAAUUUAACCAUGAAUCAUUUAUUACAAGUUAAUGAAACUGUAAUAUACAAACCUGACAUGGAUUUACCAGGUCAAAGAACUUUGUUCAUUCAACAAGCUGAAAUCACUGCAUUCGCUAGUUUUUCAAGAAUAUGUGAUAAAAUUGAAGACUGGUCAGUCGAAAGAUUCGGUCAAAAUGCUAAAACUGGUAAGAUGGCAUUCGAAGGUGUUUUAAAAACUUUAGGAGAUAAAUGGGAAGAGUCUGGAGUCUUUGUUAAAGACGUCAGUAAUUCCUUAAUUAACGAUAUUCAUGAAGUAACUGAAAAGACUUCUGAAGUUUUAUCAGAAGUCUCGAAAUUGGGAAACGUUUUUAGAGAUGAUUAA